ACAUAUGUCUGGAGAUCGGAAAACCGAAUCGUGCCAAUGUUGGAGCCUGCAUGCAGUGCAACAAGGCCAACUGCAAGCAACAGUUCCAUGUGACCUGUGCCCAAAGCUUGGGCCUGCUCUGCGAGGAAGCUGGCAACUAUUUAGAUAAUGUGAAGUACUGUGGCUAUUGCCAGCAUCAUUACAGUAAAUUGAAAAAGGGCGGAAACGUCAAAACCAUACCACCCUACAAACCCGUACAACAUGACACCUCCUCCGAUUCGUGCUCGUCGCCCGAGAAGGAAAUUGAUUCGACCAUGAACUCGGCAUCCACAUCAGCGACAAGCAUUAAGAUAACGAGCAGCACAUUAGCUGCUGGCUCCACGAGUUCAUCGGGCAGUGGAAACAACGUUUCAUCCUCAUCCAAGCAGCGCAAAUCAAAUGCCUCUGGUAAAUCUUCGCUAUCAUCUGGUAGCAGCUCUGGAACAGCAACGGGACUGCCAAAUCCCACAAGCUCCUCAAGCUCAUCCGUGGUUACAAACACUUCAACUGCAGGCAGCUUUCUAGCUGGCAACGGCAGUAGCAGCACAAUAUCUACUAUUAAUAACAAUACCAUGAACAACACCUUAACGGGUUCUCUUAGUGGCAACAUUGCAGCCUCAAUUCCUGGCAGUGGUAAUGCAAUGAGCAGCAGCAGCAGUAAUGUGACUGGCGCCGGCAGCAGCAGCAGCACCAGCAAUGCAAUAGGGCAAAGCAAUUCGAGCACUAAGUCAUCGGCUACCAGCUCCAGCAGCAGCUAUAAGGAUAAGCAUAGUAAAAGCAUAGGCAAGCAAUCUGGCUCUGGGUCCAGCAAGGAAAAGGAUAAGGAUGGCGGUAGUAAUUCAUCGAACAAUAGUUUUUCUCACUCAUCAGCCUCUUCGUCGUCCUCAUCCUCCUCGUCGUCUCGCGAGAAAUCGUCAAAGUCAUCGAAAAACAAAGAAAGCUCCAAAGAAGCCGCCAUCGUUGCUGCCAGCAGCAGCAGCAGCAAUAUACCCACAAGCAGCAGCAAUAUGCCCACUGCUACCAGCAUUGCGGCCAACAGCAGCUCAAGUUCAACAGCUCAUGUAUCCAGCAGCGGCACUGGCGGCAGCAGUCUAGCUGCUGCCUCGAUCAGUGAACAUAGUAAUCAUGCCCAGAAUCUGAGCACGUCGGCUCUGACCAGCUCAACGGGCAGCGGCUCGGGUAAACUGCAAUUAACGAGCAAUUUGAGCGCGGGUUUCGGCGCGGAAUUGCAUGCCACAAGCACUAGCAAUAGUGGUAAUGCUCUAAAGGAUGCGUCAUCAUCCCUGGCCGGCACUAGCAAUACAAGCAAUUUGGACAGUCUGUCGGGCGCGGGUACGUCCACAAGCAGCACUCUAAAUCCGCUUGGUCUCGGCUCCAGCAGCACUAAUCUAAGCAGUAGCAGCAGCAGCAGCAACAGCAAGGUACUGCCAUCAGUUUCAACUGCAACGUCAACAACAACAUCAAGCCAUAAUCAGGCACCAUCGGCUAGCAACUCUACAGUGUCCAAAAAGCGAAAAGUGGACAUUGCCAAAUCGAUUACCAGCAUCAACCUGGAUGAUCACAAUAGCUCAUUUCGGGAUAUUAUUAAGGAUGUGCACGUGACUCUGACGCCACUAACGGACUUCGAGAAGGAAAUCGAGAAAAGCUCCAAGCGGCAACGCACUGAAUUGAGUCCACCCACGCAUCAAACAUCCGCCACCGCUGAGGUGAAUGCUACAUUAGCCACCAGCGUAACGAGUGCAACGAUAGCACCAAGUGGCACGACGAUAGCAACCACGGCGAGCACACCAAUCGCCGCCACCAUCUCCACCAGCAGUGUAAGCGGUUUAGCAGGUGGAGGACCCAUUGGGGGCUAUGCAAAAACAGAGGCAAGUAAAACAAUCAGCAGUAGCAGUGGCAGCAGCAGCAAGCAUGGCAACAGCAGCAACAAGGACAGCAGUAACACUGUCUCCAGUGGAGCAGCUGGCACCAGCAGCAGCAGCAGUGGUGCGCCCAGCUUGUAUGUUUCGGUGCCGUUGUCGACGGCCAAUGUACCUGGCAUCAAUCUGCCCAACAACAGCAGCAUUGAUUCGCACCCCACUCAGGCGGCCCAGUCACCGCUAACCGCUGGCAGCACAUAUGCAACGGGCACAGGAUCAGCUGCGACAGCCGCAAGUGCGGCUGGCAGUGCGACCAGCUCUGUUAUACAGCAUCAGAGCGGAAAGUCGUCGCCAGCAUUGGGCGGUCUGGUGAGCAGCAGCGCCAGCACGGUCAACCUGACAGCCACUACGACGGAGAGCGGGAACUUGAAGAUCAGCUUUGAGAAACAGACGACUCGUGUGCAGCAGCUGCAGGAGCAGGAGGCGGCACCGGCGCGACGCAGCAGGACACCCGAUCUCAACAUGGCGAGCAGCUCAAAUAGCAUCUCGACAGCGACAGCAACCACUACCAGCAGCACCAACAACAUCAACACCACCGGCAGCAGCAGCAGCAGCAACAGCCUGUUAAGCAUCAACAGCAACAUGAACAGCAUUAACAGCAGCAGCAGCAGCAGUGGCGGCCUCAAGUUCAGCUACGAGGCACAAACGAUCAGCACUCAGUUGGAUGUGCCCAUGCUGCCUGUUAGUGCCAUCAAGGACUCGCCGCCGAGCUCGCCAGGCUCGGAAAUCGGUGCCGCUUUGCACACGGCAAUAGCAGCGCCAAUUGCUGCCAGCAGCAAUGUGCGUAAGCGCGGCCGCAAGGCCAAGGAAGCGACAUUGGCAGCGGCUGCAGCUGCGACAGCUGCGACAGUGGCUGCCACUCAACAGGAUCUCAAGGAUGUGCGCAUAUUGCAAAAUGGCAUCGGAGCUGCCAUCGUCCCAGCAAGUGCACCCACGCCUCCCGCGACGCCUGCCACAAGUGUGACGAGUGGCAGUGGCAGUGGCAGUGGCAGCAGCACUGCCUCCAGCUCUUGCUCUAGUAGCUCCAUCAUAGCGCACACAGCCACCCAUAUGCUGGGCAAUCAUGUGAAUCCCAACAGCAGCGUGGCCCAGAAGCUGUCCGAGCAACUGCACAUGGAGGUGCAGGAUCAUGCCAUUUAUACGACCGAGUCUAUGACUUCCCAGUUCGCCGGCGUGCCGUUUCCUGGCAAGCAGCGUAAUGCCAGCGCCGCGGUUGCUGCUGCGAGUAGUGCAACGCCAGCGCCUAAUCCGCUCCAAUCCAUGUUUGGCGGCGGCGGCAUCAAUGGCAACAUGCCCAUACCACAGAGCUUGGAACAGCUACUGGAGCGCCAGUGGGAGCAAGGCUCGCAGUUUCUCAUGGAGCAGGCGCAGCAUUUCGACAUUGCCUCACUGUUGAACUGCCUGCAUCAGCUGCAGAGCGAGAAUUUGCGGCUCGAGGAGCAUGUGACCAGCCUAAUAGCACGACGUGAUCAUUUGCUGGCCGUCAAUGCCCGCCUCCAGAUACCGCUCAACAAUGCAAUCAACAAUACCAAAGCCGAGACACAUGCCUCUACAAACAGCAGCAGCAAUAAUAACAGCAGCAGCAACGCUCUCCAUGCUGCCACAACAAUUGCAGCAGCCGUUUCGUUGGCCACAACCGCUAUAAACACAACAAUACCAACAAUGGCUAACAGUCGGGCUAGCAGUGCCGGCAGCACCGGGAGCGUCCUGGAGUUUCGUGGCAGCAGCAGCAGCAACAACAAUAACAACAGCAGCAGCAUCAGCAACAGCAUAAACAACAAUCCCGCAGCCUCUAACUCCAAUGCAAUCACGUCUGCAACAACAACUCCAAUGUCUGCGGUUAGCAGCCUGCCAAUGAGCAAUACAUCAAACUUGGGCUUAAGACACGUCGCAACUUCCCACGGAUCAUAUAACAGUAGCGGGAGUAGUAGCAAUAUUAACGCUAACAGUGUCAGCAAUAACAUGCACACACCACAUCAACAGCAGCAACAACAACAGCAGCAGCAGCAGCAACAUGCAACGUAUUUGCAAUCUCAACAACAGCAGCAGCAGCAACAGCCGACGCAUUUGCACCAUGGCAGUGCCGCUGUUGCCGCUCAUAUGUUGGGCGUGGGCGUGGGCAUGGGCCCGACUGCGGCAAUUGGACGAGGUGGGUCAGCUACAGCGAUUGCUGCAACCACAAUAACAACAAUAACAACCACAGCAGCAACAGCUACGUUGACAACAACAACAGGCAGCUUGCAACACGGUGGCGCACACUACGCGCAUCCGCAUUCGCACCACCCACACCACUUUCCUAGCAUUCAAGUUCAGUUGGGUGCCGGCGGCGUUCACGUUGAUGAUUUGAGUAGCUCCUCCACCUCUUCCUACGCAGCGCAACAUGCGCUCUACAGCACGCAUCACCAGUCCCAACAAAGGCGCGACGAUAACCUCGCCAAAUCUAGCUGAAAGUCAUAUCGUGAGCACGAGCAGCAGCAGGCCCCGCAUCCAUUGAAGAAGAAGCCAACACUGGCCAGACGUAUCCGCCCGACCAAUAGCAC